AUGGCAGCCGAGACUGCACGCCCAGUCCGUCCGAAGACGGCGGGUUUCACAGACUCGUUCUGGUCGUCGGACUAUGCUGGCGGUCUGGGUGUCCUGUUUCAAAAGCUUCAACAGGGGGUGAUUGAGAACCAACAGGUAUUGACAAUCGCCAGCAUGCGAGCAGAUGCGGAAGAGGUGUACAGCGAUCGGUUGGGAGACAUUGCGCCGACUAUCGAUCGGAUGACGGGUGGGUUCGCGAGGGACGACGGCGCAAGCGUUCGCAAGGCGUACGAAGGCGUCCGCAGUGAAAUGAUCGAAGCGUCCAAGAACCACAGAAAGAUUGCCGAUAACAUACGCGAGCUUGUGGUCAAUCCUUUCUCUCGAUGGUGCGAUGCGCAUGCGACGAGGAUCCAGAACUCGCAAGACGACCUGCAAGCCAAGAUCAAGGCUCAUGAUAGACAAGCCGAUACGGUCAAGAAACUGAGAAGUCAUUAUUUCAACAAGUGUAGGCUUGUGGAAGACCUUGAGGAGGAGAACAAGCUGGCCUUUCAAGCGCCGGGAAAGGAGAGCCCAAAGCCACAGAGUCCUCCGCCACCGAUGAUUGUUCUGCCGGACGAUGACGACGAAGAUGAACUACCAGUCGAACUUGGCGAUCGAACGUAUUCGCCACAAGAGCUGAAGGCCCUGUUGACGCAUAUGCUAUCAACCGUUCCACUUGGGGAGUACAAAGUUCCCAUCUUGGGAACGUACCAGAACGUGUCCGCUGGCACAGAUAUCGUCGAGUACAUACAGAAACAUAUGAAGGCGUCAACAGUAGGGUAUGCAGAGCAGAUUGGACAGGAUCUAGUUGAUCGUGGCUUUCUGCGCCUUAUUGGUAACGUGGGCAAUACGUUUGCGAACAGCUCGAAAAUGAAGUAUCAAUGGAAGCCGCGAGCCUUUCAACUCACAGGCAUACCUGAGAAGAAGAAACCUCUUGGUCGGUCAACCACUGGCUCCUCGAUGGAGGGGAUUCUGGAAUCACCAACUAUUGGCAACAUCACGGAGACUCUACAGACGUGGAAUCCGCUCAACAACCCCCACCCAAACGAAACACCUGCGGAGCGGCUUCGGCGCGAGGCUAGAGAAGCAGACGAAAAGUACAAGGCCGCGGUGAGAAAACUGGACAUGCUGAGAUGCAACCUGGAGGAAGCGAUGAUGGACCACUUGAAGUUCCUGGAACGUUGUGAAACAGACCGUCUCAAGGCGAUCAAAGCAGUGAUUCUCGAUUUCUCUGGUGCCAUCAGCAACAGUAUUCCAUCGUUUCAAAGCCAGGUGGACCACAUGAUGCUUUAUCAAGAAACCAUCCAACCGCUCGGCGACUUGCGAUAUUUCCUUGAAAACUACCGAACAGGGGCGUAUGUGCCAAAGGUUACGCCGUAUGAGAAUUACUAUGGGAGUGUCGAGGACCAGACUUUUGGAGUUGAUCUAGAAGCUCGAGCUCGGGCUGAUCGGAAGCGAGUACCCAUCAUUGUCACCUCGAUCUUGACAUUCCUCGAUAACCAUUAUCCCGAUUUGGAGGGUGACGAGGCCAGGCGGAAUAUCUGGCUUGUGGACGUUCCCUUAGCCGCGACGCACCAUUUGAGGAAUCAAAUCAACAAUGGAGCCCCUGUCCCGACGGAAGUAUUGGAAAAGUAUGAGGUGCCGAUUGUGGCCAGUGUUUUGAAGCUCUACCUCCUUGAACUGCCCGACUCGCUUGUUUCAUCACAAGUCUACGAAAUCAUCAAGACUAUUUAUGCCACCACCCCUGAUGCUGUCCCGAAUCCUAUCUCCAGCGACUCGAUCGAUGCUACGCCAAGAAUCAAGGUGUUACAGUCCACUCUCGGCCAAUUGCGCCUUAACAAUAUUGCCACACUUGACGCCAUCGUGACGCAUUUCACCCGCUUGAUCGACCUCACCUCGGCAGAUGAAGCCUAUGUUGCAGCCCUGGCGCAUUCACUCGCUCCUUGUAUUUUGCGACCACGGACGGAAAAUGCUCUCACCUUGGAAGAGCGUCAUCCUUACAGACUUGUUCGAGACCUCUUCGACCACAAAGAGGCGAUUUUCGGAGAACUUAAACGACAAUCUUCAACCCGCUCCAUAUCCACCAGCGUUUCUCAUCGGCAACGCGCAGUCAGCAACACAGACGAAAGCUCACGAAGAGCAGCCAUGGAAGCCAGGGCGAGAGCAAUCACGGAACAGAGACAGCGCGACAAAAGCCCGGCUCCGAGCAACCGACAUAGACGGGAUAAAAGUACUGAUGGAAGCAUGGGCCGGUUUCCCGUCGUGGCAAGUCCACGAUCUGAUCAACAUGGCCGAAGUGUGAGCGGAGUUGGUCUGCCUUCGGCCAAGAGGUCUAGUCUGGAAGUCCCAGGCAGCGUCGAAAGCUCGCCGAUACAGGCGCGAAACCAGUCGGCGGUGGAAAAAAAUUCUGCCACAAAGUUGGAUUCACCUGCAGUGGUGACGAACGGCCAAGGCGAGUCAUCUUCGGAUACCUUGACCUUACCCGGGACUUUUAGUGGUGGCGGUCCAGGCCCACAUAUCCCACCCCCGCCAGAGGAUGACUCUCACGAAGAGGAAACGCAGGCCUCAGCACCCAAGGAACAAGAGCAAAAUUCAAGAGUGGGCUCUUUGAAGAGAAGUGGAGCAGCAAGUGAUCGCAAACCAGUUGGCCGUGCUGGACCUGGAAGCUUGAGCCGUAGAAUCAACCAAGGCUCACUGGAUGAGACUGGUUCGACUGUGACGCCUCAAGGUGUCCAGUUAACGGACAAGCCGAUGGAUGAUUUCUCGUGA